AUGGCCGAACACCCUCAAUGCUGUCUGAACACUCCGGCUGUCAAGUCAGAUUAUCAGCCACAAGGCAAGCACGGCAUCGAGAUCGCCGGCUUCCCUUGCUAUGUCGUUGGUGACGAAGGCGCCAAGCAUGUGCUCAUACUGGCAUAUGACAUUUUUGGCUAUUGGCCUACGACCAUGCUGGGAUGCGAUAUGCUAGCGAGCAAGCUCGACGCUCGCGUGAUCGUGCCAGACUUGUUACGCGGGCAUUAUUGGGACCUCAGACAGGGCGAGCCGACGGCAGAGACUCGAAGUCGGAUGGGUCACAUCUUGACAAGUCACGGUGAGCCGCAUGCUCGCGCAAAGGAUCUCGUCGCAUUCGUCAAGGAGAUUGCAUCUUCCGACGCAGUCGAAUCGAUUGGGCUUUAUGGCCUGUGCCUCGGACACAAGAUCAUCAGCUUAGCAGCAACGGAUCCUGCGCUUGUUCGGGAUUACAAAGUCAGGGGGAUCGCAACUGCCCACCCGGCCAGAUUAGACCCUCAAGAGUCAAAGGCGAUCUCUUGCCCGUUCUUCUUCGCACCCACGAAAGACGAGGCCAAGGAAGAAUGCGAGGCUUACUUUGCCGAGAUCAAGUCGAACAGGUCGAUCGCAGAAAAGUCAAUCUACAAGCGUUACGAGGCAUAUCAUGGUUUCGCAGGAGCUAGAGCCAAGUUAGACGAUCCCACCUACAGGGCCGACUUUGAAGAUUUCUAUCAACGCGCGACUGAUUUCUUCAAAUCUGUUUUUUGA